UUUUUUUUUUUUCAAAAUUUUUUUUUACUGUUUUUGAGCUCUCUCAUCCUCAUCUCAUUGCCCUUCAUUGUGUCUGAACUUGCUGCCAUGGAACCAGCUAUUAGUACGGACAUGAUCACAACUCAACAAGUUUCUGCUGAUCCUCUCCCAUUUGCCAGAUGUUAUCAGCUGGAAGCAUUGGAGAAGGCACUUAAGCAGAACACGAUAGUCUUUUUGGAGACCGGUUCCGGCAAGACUUUAAUUGCCAUCAUGCUUCUGCGAAGCUAUGCUUAUUUUCUGCGGAAGCCUUCACCUUAUAUUGCUGUCUUCUUAGUUCCCCAAGUUGUUCUGGUGUCGCAGCAAGCUGAGGCAAUAAAAAUGCAUAUAGAUCUGAAUGUGGGCAUGUAUUGGGGAGAGAUGGGAGUUGAUUAUUGGGAUGCUGCUACAUGGAAGGAAGAGAUAGGCAAACAUGAGGUGCUUGUGAUGACACCUCAAAUUUUGCUUAAUGGCUUGAGGCACAGCUUUUUGAAACUCAACAUGAUUAAAGUUUUAAUACUUGAUGAAUGUCACCAUACCAGGGGUAAAUACCCAUAUGCUUGCAUCAUGACGGAGUUCUAUCACCCCCAGCUAGAAUCAGGUGAAUCUGAUCUUCCUAGGAUUUUUGGGAUGACUGCAUCUCCUAUAAAGUCUAAAGGAGCUAACUCGGAUCACGGCUAUUGGCAGCAUAUUAAUGAACUUGAGACUCUUAUGAAUUCAAAGGUUUAUACAUGCGUCAGUGAAUCAGUACUUGCUCAGUAUAUACCAUUUUCAACUCCGAAGUUCAAGUUUUACGAGUACAUUGAAAUUCCAUAUGCUUUAUAUGCUUGCUUAGAAGAUGGUUUGAAUUCCUUAGUAGCAAAGCAUGAAAUUUCUCUGAAUAGUUUGGAUCUUAUUGACACACAAGCAGAGUCUAUAAGGAAGAAAGUAUCAAAGAUACAUUCGACUUUGUUGUUUUGUGUAAAUGAGCUUGGUGUUUGGUUGGCUUCAAAGGCUGCAGAGAGCUUAUCAUGCUAUGAAAGUGACUUUUUUGCCUGGGGUCAUUUGGAUGUGCUCGGUGAGUCAAUUGUUAAAAGAUUCAGUUUGGAUGCCUGUCAAGUAUUUGCCCCUUUCAUACCAUCAGGGCCAGAGUGGUCCAUUGGUGAUAAUGAUAGAGUCAACGUGGAUACUGGACUUCUAACAGGAAAAGUUGUUUGCCUCAUUGAAUCUCUCCUUGAGUACAGGAAUUUGCAGGACAUAAGAUGUAUAAUUUUUGUGGAAAGGGUCAUUACAGCUAUCGUGCUGGAACCUCUACUAAGAGAGUUGCUUCCAAGAUACUGCAGCUGGAAGACGAAAUAUAUUGCAGGAAAUAAUUCUGGGUUGCAAUGCCAGUCCAGGAAAAAACAAAAUGAAAUUGUGGAAGAAUUUCGUCAAGGAAUGGUGAACAUCAUUAUUGCAACAUCAAUACUUGAAGAAGGGUUAGAUGUUCAAAGCUGCAAUUUGGUUAUAAGAUUUGAUCCUUCAGCUACUGUUUGCAGUUUCAUACAGUCCCGAGGUCGUGCUAGAAUGCAAGAUUCGGAUUAUUUAUUAAUGGUGAAGAGUGGGGAUCGUACUACUCGUUCCCGGCUGGAGAAUUAUCUUGCUAGUGGAGAUAUAAUGAGAAAACAGUCCCUGUGUAAUGCUUCCCUUCCUUGCUCUCCUCUUAGAAAUGGUAUGCAUGCUGAGGAGUAUUAUCGUGUUGAAACCACCGGCGCAAUUGUGACGCUCAGUUCAAGUGUUGGUUUGAUAUACUUCUAAUGCUCGCGGCUCCCUUCUGAUGGAUAUUUUAAACCUUCUCCAAGGUGUGAUAUAGAGAAGGAGAGGGAGGUUUGCACACUGUUCCUUCCCAAGAGCUGCCCAAUACAGUCUGUUCAGGUACAGGGAAACAUUAAGACGCUAAAGCAAACUGCAUGUCUUGAAGCGUGCAAGCAACUACAUAAAAUUGGUGCUUUAACAGAUAAUCUUGUUCCUGAUAUUGUUGUGGAAGAAGCUGAAGCACAGAAAUCUGGGAAAGAUCUAUAUAAUGAUGAGCAACCCACUUACUUCCCACCUGAACUUGUCAAUGAGCAUGCUCACGAAACCAAGACAGUGUACCACUGCUACUUAAUUGAGUUGAAGCAGAACUUCAAUUAUAAUGUUCCGGUUCAUGAUAUUGUGCUUGCCUUGAGGACUGAGCUUGAUUCUGAUAUUGUGAAUGUGUAUUUUGAUAUGGAAGUUGAUAGGGGUACAUUGACAGUUAGCUUGAAGUAUGUCGGAGUUAUUGAGCUUACCACGGAACAGGUCCUUUUUUGUAGGAGGUUUCAGAUCACUAUUUUCAGAGUACUUAUGGAUCAUAAUGUAAAUUUUUUGGAUGGAUUUCAACUAGGGAAGAAUCCUGAGAUGGAUUAUUUUCUGCUACCAUCCACUAACUCACAUCAGCAGUUGAUUGAUUGGACCUCUGUAACUUCUGUUUUAUUUCCUUGUAACUAUAGCCCGAAGGAUCACACAAACUGUCCUUUGGAGGGAAAUGCUCAUUUUGUGGAGACCAAAAGCGGCCGGUUUUGCACUUGUAGGAUUCAAAAUUCUUUGGUCUACACCCCGCACAAUGGUCACGUCUAUUGUAUUAUGGGUAUUUUAUAUCAUUUGAAUACAAAUUCACUUCUAACAAUGAAAGAUGGAGCUGUUAUCACGUACAAGGAGUACUAUAAAACAAAGCAUGGUGUCUAUUUAUGUUUUGACGAAGCAAUAUUGCUGAAAGGGAGACACCUUUUUACUGUGAAGAAUUACCUUAAUGAAAGCAGACACCACAAGGAGAGAGAUCCGAGGAAUACAUCUGUUGAAUUGCCUCCUGAACUUUGUCAAGUAAUCAUGUCUCCUAUAUCUUGCAGAACAUUUUAUUCUUACGCUUUUGUUCCGUCUAUUAUGCAUCGUCUUCAGUCUUUGCUCCUCGCUGUCAACUUGAAGAACAUGCUUUUGGAUGAUUGCGCACAAAAUAUUACUAUUCCAACUAUGAAGGUUUUGGAAGCAAUCACCACUAAAAAGUGCCAAGAGAGUUUUCAUCUAGAAUCACUUGAGACUCUUGGAGACUCCUUUCUGAAAUAUGCUGCAAGCACUUAUCUAUUUAAAACUCAUCAAAAUAAUCAUGAAGGCCUUCUGAGUAUUAAGAAGGAGAAGAUUAUUUCGAAUGCAUCAUUGUGCAAGCUAGGGUGUGACCACAAAAUUCCGGGAUUUAUUCGUACUGAGCCUUUUGAUCCUAAGAUUUGGAUAAUUCCUGGUGAUAAUUCUGGAAGUUAUCAAUUACAAGAGGAGAAACUUUCUGAUAGAAGAAAAAUCUAUGUUACUCAUAAAAAGAAGGUAAAAGGCAAGACGGUCGCUGAUGCAGUUGAGGCACUAAUUGGUGCAUUCCUUAGCACAGGCGGUGAAAGUGCAGGGAUAUUAUUUCUUAGUAGGAUUGGUAUAAAGGUGGAUUUUGUGAAUAUACCAUAUCAGAGACACUUCCAAAUUCAGGCAGAGAAGCUUAUUAAUCUCCACCAUUUUGAGUCUCUGUUGAACUACUCAUUCCGUGACCCCUCUCUAUUAGUGGAAGCCCUGACCCACGGUUCUUACAUGCUUCCUGAGAUUCCAAGUUGUUAUCAGCGGCUGGAAUUUCUUGGGGAUGCAGUGUUGGAUUAUCUUAUUACUGUUCAUUUAUACAACAAAUAUCCGGGAAUGUCUCCGGGAUUAAUAACUGACAUGAGAUCUGCUUCUGUAAAUAACGAUUGUUAUGCACAAUCGUCCGUGAAGCAUGGAUUACAUAAGCAUAUUCUCCAUGCUUCACAUGAACUGCAUAAGCAAAUAAUUGCGGCAGUGGAGAGUUUUGAGAAAUUACCUUUAGGAUCUACAUUUGGGUGGGAAUCUGAGUCAUCUUUUCCAAAGGUACUCGGAGACAUCAUUGAAUCUCUGGCGGGGGCGAUAUAUGUUGAUUCGGGAUACAAUAAAGAGAAGGUCUUUGAGAGUAUAAGGCCACUUUUGGAGCCUUUGAUUACUCCUCAGACAGUGAGGUUUCAUCCUGCACAGGAGUUGAAUGAAAUCUGUCAAAAACAACAUUUUGAAAUGAAAAAACAUGUUGCUUACCAGAGUAAGGGUGCCGCUGCUGUCACUAUAGAGGUUUCAGCCAAUGGGAGACUAUUUACACAUACAUCCAUUGCUGGGGACAAGAAAACAGCUAAAAAAUUAGCUUGCAAAGAAGUUUUGAAGUCAUUAAAAGAAGCAUUUCCAGAAUGGUUUGUGGCUGUUGCAGCCCCUCUUUCGUGCCAGAUAUUUGCUUGGCUGGUGUGCUUUUGGUUGCUGCAGUCCCUGCUGGUGUGGGCUAGGGUUUUCUGGGUUUUUGGUUUUGCUUGGCUGAUGGUGUUGAUGAUGUUGAUAAUGAUGAUAAUGAUAUGUGACCUGACAUAUGCUGAAUUGAGGAUGGAUUGAAGAAUGAAGAUCAUUGGGUGAAGAAGACCAUGUUUUGCUAAAAUGUGUAUUAAACUAUUAAUUAUUAUGUGAUUUCUUUAUGAAUUUUGUUAUU